UUUUUUUUUUUUUGCGCUAGCUUCUCCUCACUCGGCUACGGUUUUGUGAGUUGGGGGGAUGGGGCCGCGUCUAGGAUGAUCGACUCCAAGUGUUUAGCAAGUAUAACAAUUUUCCAACUUGGAUUCCCUUGUGUUGUACCCAACUACUUUUCGACCACGCAUGAGUUUCGGUUGGAAAUCGCCGACGUAAAGUGGAGUAUUUUCACGGCCACGACACAGGUUUAAAAGUCGACAAAAUGUAUCCCACUGCUGGAGCUACGGAGAUGAGUGAGGCACCACGUUCCUCUGGGUCGGCCAGCUCUGAGCCGCCAUCUUCCCCAGUGCCAGAAUAUGUGUUCAAGCCACCCUCAAGGCCAGACUUUGGCACCAUGGGCAGGACAAUCAAGCUUCAGGCCAAUUUCUUUGAGAUGGAAAUCCCCAAACUGGAAGUGUACCAUUAUGACAUUGACAUCAAGCCAGAGAAAUGUCCCAGGAGGGUCAACCGUGAAAUUGUGGAGCACAUGGUCCAGCACUUUAAAACCCAGAUCUUUGGGGAUCGAAAGCCAGUGUAUGACGGCAGGAAGAACCUGUACACAGCCAUGCCCUUGCCCAUAGGCAGAGACAAAGUGGAGCUCGAGGUGACCAUUCCGGGGGAGGGCAAGGACCGCAGCUUCAAAGUAUCCAUCAAGUGGGUGUCGUGCGUUAGCCUGCAAGCUCUGCACGAGGCGCUGUCAGGACGGCUACCCAGUGUCCCCUUUGAGACCAUACAAGCCCUGGAUGUGGUCAUGAGACAUUUGCCCUCUAUGAGGUAUACGCCAGUCGGCCGCUCUUUCUUCACUCCUUCAGAGGGCUGUUCAAACCCCCUCGGUGGUGGCAGAGAGGUGUGGUUUGGCUUCCACCAAUCUGUCAGGCCUUCUCUUUGGAAAAUGAUGCUCAAUAUCGACGUUUCAGCCACUGCCUUCUAUAAAGCUCAACCUGUAAUUGAGUUCAUGUGCGAGGUCUUGGAUUUUAAAAGCAUUGAAGAACAACAGAAGCCCUUAACAGACUCUCAAAGAGUUAAAUUUACCAAAGAAAUAAAAGGCCUGAAAGUAGAGAUCACACAUUGUGGACAGAUGAAGAGGAAAUACAGAGUGUGCAAUGUGACCAGAAGACCAGCCAGCCAUCAAACGUUCCCCCUGCAGCAGGAGAACGGCCAAACUAUUGAAUGCACCGUGGCGCAGUAUUUCAAAGAUAAGUACAAACUUAUGCUGCGGUACCCUCACUUGCCGUGUCUACAGGUGGGGCAGGAGCAAAAGCACACCUACCUGCCUCUAGAAGUGUGUAACAUAGUUGCGGGACAGCGCUGCAUCAAAAAACUGACAGACAAUCAGACCUCUACGAUGAUCCGUGCCACUGCUAGAUCGGCACCCGAUCGUCAGGAUGAAAUUAGUAAACUGAUGAGAAGCGCCAACUUCAACACUGACCCAUAUGUUCGCGAAUUUGGAGUGAUGGUGAGGGACGAGAUGACAGAAGUGAAUGGCCGUGUCCUCCAAGCACCCUCCAUUCUGUACGGAGGCAGGGUAUGUCCAUCAGCAGUUAACAAGGCAAUAGCCACGCCAAUCCAGGGCGUCUGGGACAUGAGGAACAAGCAGUUCCACACCGGCAUUGAAAUCAAAGUGUGGGCCAUCGCAUGCUUCGCGCCACAGAGACAGUGCACUGAACUCUUACUCAAAGCAUUCACAGAUCAGCUCAGGAAGAUCUCCCGGGAUGCAGGCAUGCCCAUUCAGGGUCAACCCUGUUUCUGUAAGUACGCCCAGGGCGCCGACAGCGUGGAGCCCAUGUUCAGACACCUGAAGUACACAUACCAGGGCCUCCAGCUCGUCGUAGUCAUCCUCCCAGGGAAGACUCCUGUCUACGCUGAGGUUAAGCGUGUUGGAGACACAGUCCUUGGCAUGGCCACGCAGUGCGUGCAGGUGAAGAAUGUCCAGAAAACGACACCGCAGACCCUUUCCAACCUCUGUCUGAAGAUCAAUGUCAAGCUGGGUGGCGUCAAUAACAUCCUGCUUCCUCAGGGGCGACCGUUGGUGUUUCAGCAGCCUGUCAUCUUUCUCGGUGCUGAUGUCACUCACCCUCCUGCAGGAGAUGGAAAGAAGCCCUCUAUUGCAGCUGUCGUAGGUAGCAUGGACGCCCACCCCAGCCGAUACUGCGCCACCGUUCGGGUACAGCAGCACCGACAGGACAUCAUCCAGGACCUGGCCACCAUGGUGAGAGAGCUGCUCAUCCAGUUCUACAAGUCCACACGCUUCAAGCCCACCAGAAUCAUCUACUACCGUGACGGCAUCUCUGAGGGCCAGUUCAACCAGGUUCUUCAGCACGAACUGCUGGCAAUACGAGAGGCCUGCAUCAAGCUUGAGAAGGACUACCAGCCUGGUAUCACCUUUGUAGUUGUCCAGAAGAGACACCACACCAGGUUGUUCUGUACAGACAGGAACGAGAGGGUUGGAAAGAGUGGCAACAUUCCCGCAGGCACCACUGUGGACACCAAAAUCACUCACCCAUCCGAAUUCGACUUCUACCUUUGCAGUCACGCUGGCAUACAGGGUACCAGCCGGCCGUCUCACUACCACGUGCUGUGGGACGACAAUCACUUCUCUUCCGACGAGCUGCAGGUACUCACCUACCAACUCUGCCACACGUACGUGCGCUGCACCCGCUCCGUUUCCAUCCCGGCGCCCGCCUAUUACGCCCAUUUGGUGGCUUUUCGAGCUCGUUAUCACUUGGUGGACAAGGAGCACGACAGUGCCGAGGGCAGUCACACAUCAGGUCAGAGCAACGGGCGUGACCAACAAGCCUUGGCCAAAGCUGUUCAGAUCCACCAGGACACCCUGCGCACAAUGUACUUCGCCUGAGACGGCAGGCUGCCAGGUUGGCGUGGGGGAGAGACCCGUCUGGCUGUCAGCUGUGUGCUUUUACUGUGUGAUCUCCUUACCUAAAACAUCUGGCAGGUACCUAAGCCUAAACAACUGUCAGUAAGUUGCAACAGAAGUCCUCUUCAUCAGGCUUGAGCUACGUAUUUGGUGUGUGCGCGUGUGUUUGUAAAAUAUGUCGCAAAGUAUGAAAGGAGUAUUGUUAUUCAAUGUGGUGCUUUACGAAUUAGGAGAAGCACAUCACCUCUAUUUUUUUCGUUUCUUCUUUUUUUUUUUUUUUAAAUCCUGUUUGAGGGGGCACCUUCACAAUUUGUUCCUCGGAUGCACAUUGAACAGCCAAUCACAGCCAAGUGCACUGUCAAGAGUGGGUACUUUAAUCAGGAUGAAAGUAGCUCAGAUUUUCACAUCGGGCACUAUGAAAAUGAUGAAAGUGCCAUUUUAGAGACAACCUUUCUUUGAUCAUGUUUGUUUGAAUAUUUGAUCCGCAUAUAUAUUUUAUUUUUUUCAGUAUUUGUCCCUGACUACCAUUCUAUGCCAAAUUUGGGACAAUUAACAAUCUUGAAUCUUAAUAUCAACUCUUGAACCAACACUUGUAAUAUUCCAGGGCUCUUAAUAUUUCCAUAGAAACAAGAUAGUUUUCUGUUUUGACUUGUUAAUCUCAUGAGUUUGUUCUCGCAACCCAACUACCAUGCUGAAAUCAUGAAUUGGGACCGGUUCCCAGAAAAAAUACUUUUUUGUUAUUUUAAUUUUUUUUAAUGUAUUCUGAGCUGUGUUUAUAAGACGCAUGAUGUACAGAUCAAUUUAGGGAGUGUACACAAUUUUUGUUCCCUUGUCUUUUUAUAGAAUGUUUUUAAUUUCAGUCAGCCUUUUUAUUGAAUAUGCAUGUAGCCAACUCCUGUUUUAGAAACUUAGACACACUUUUUUGAUUCCUUGAUACACUUUAACCAGUGCUCUAUUUUGGUCAUAAAUAUACAGUGUAUGUUUGUCUGUGUGUGUGUGUGUAUAUAUAUAUAUAUAUAUAUAUAUAUAUAUAUAUACACACAAACACACACACAGUGUAUAUGAGUGGAAGCUGCAGUGUCUUUGUCAGAGCAGGACAUUGAUGUGGUGUUUCCUUAGCAAUGCGUUAGGUACAGUGGCCUGAAAGCUGCAAUAUUUUAGAGAUCAAAUUCCUUCAAAAACAACUGAAAGCAUUUUUCCCUAAACCAAGAGGAGUUGUCGCACACAAGCAUUGUUUUUAUGCAAAUGACUUUCUCUGAGUCUUUUUAUGAUGUUGAAAAUGAGCUAUAUUUUGAAUAAAUUCUCAGUGGAGACUGCCGAAACGGAUGUUUGUAAAAUAAAUGAUAACUGGCCCACGCGUUAUCUAAAGUAACACUAUUUGUGUACAGAGUCCAAUGCAAAUAUUCUCUUGCCUUCAAGACUGUUAACAGUCUCAAGUCAUUCUUUAGACAUUUUCUAUUGUCCACUUUUAUCAAGUUUAAGAUAGCGAAUGUUCAUAGUCUUGAAUGGAGUGGAUGUUGUAUCAACUUCUAACUAUGCAUUGUUUUUAACCAAGAGGUUAAGCAGGGGGGGGGUCUCACAUCAAUCUGGUGUUUUUAUAGAUGUAGAUGGUGAUGAUGCUUUUAGUAGCUUUUAAUCAUGUCGCUUUUAGCUGCAUUGCUCUUUUGUGUGGUCCUUUGUAACUUUGCCGAUUUUUAUAGCUUGACAAUUGGGUCUGCUCUCAGUCAAAUAAGAUUACAAAACCUGACACGAUAAACAUUCAAAAGACACGAAAGCACAAAAAGGAUCCUGUGCGAGACGUCACUGCUAACCACCUCCCUGGAACGGCCGACACGACUUUUAUUUUUACACGAGACGUGGUUGAAGUACUAAAGGAAAACAAUUGAGACUUAUUUUCCCCAUCUUGUAAAACAACCAGAUAGCCGACUGACUGUGUUUGCGGGGCAUUCAGAACACCAUGUACUUGAUAUUUACUGUUGAUGUCAAUAUUGUACUUACUGGUGCUGGUCUCAAAGCAUGUACAUUUGGAUGCACUUUUGAUAGCAUAGUAUUGUGUUGAGCUCCAGUAGGUGUGUGUGUGUGUGUGUCUGUGAGUGUGAGUGAGUGAGUGAGAGAAAUGGGAGUUUUGGCCAUAUUAUGACACUGGUGUAAUUGUAUGGAAAUGGCCUUGUGUUCUACCUCUUGUUACCUGUUCAAGUGUUAUGGUAACAUCACACUGCUGGCCAUUUCUGCAUAAUUGCCCAUGCUAUCAAUCUAAAUGGCAUUGAUUUUAUUUUGGGGGGAGUCAAGCUUUGGUAUGCAUGGUGAUGAAGUAAUUGUGCGCAGCGGGGUUGUGUUUUUAUUUCCUAGAGGGGCUGUAGAGCAUCGAGCUGCACGACCAAAUUCUUGAAGUGCGUCGCUACUCGCACACAUCUUUCCCUUCUAUCGACUAACUCUAUGCACCAAUGACGCAGAAGUCCUUUUUGACACUUUGAUCUAUUUCUACACGAGACUGACAACAAAUGCAAAGCCCAUCCAUGGUGAGAUGGAUAUCAUUCUGUUCCUGUCAUUUGGCUUGAACACCUAAAACCUGAAAAUCACUGGAAAUUGAAAGUUGUGGCAUUGGAUAUUUGUGAGGUUAGGUUCAGAUAUGUUUUCGAAUUUGUUUCCUGCAUGCAAUCAUGCUGUGAGUCAUUUUGAAAUGAUGUGUGUGUGUGUGUGUGUGUGUGUGUGUGUGGGGGUCAGUGUGCUCAGAUGGAUUCUUGGAGCUGACACCGAUAGGAUCUUUGGUUCUGGCUUUUGGACGCGGCUCAUAUUCUGGUCACAAGUUGCUGCAAUCUUCAUGGGUUCCACUCCAGGGUUAGGGAUAGUUUUUGGGAGUAAAUCAGUGUCCUGUUGUGGGGCUGACUCACUCACAAGUGUCCCUUCUAAAGUCACCUAUUUUAUAUCAGUAGCCCCUUUCACACUGAAUCUGCACAAACUUGGCGUAACAGUAGCGUCCUCAUUUAUUUACCUGUGCCUUUCAGACAACCCACUGAGGCGCUAGGGCAACGCAGUGUCUAUCUAUUCACACAGCCGAUGCAGCUUACCACAAUCAGAUAAUUAGAUGUGUGCCUACCCCACGGCAGCUUUCUGUCAAACAGCCACCAUUUUUUCAAACGCAAACUGGUGUGGGAAGUGCAUGUCAGAUGUGAAACUACUACACACAGUCAUCGCAAAAUCCCCUUACACACAGCCGUCUUUCCGCCUCUGUUAUACUUUUGAUACUAUAUUGGAAAACGUAAGAUAAAUCUGACUUCAAUCACCCCUUCUCCCCCCCCCCUCUUUCCUGAAAGGGUUUGUACUUGUUUUUUGUCUGUCUUGGUGUUUGACUUGACCUAUUACUAUACCAGCACCUUAGAAAGCCAGAACGUAAUUGCUUUUCCUUUUAAAUAUAUAAAGUCCAACCUUCGACAAUGUUUGUUUUGCACUAAAACAAGAAUGCAUUUUGUAGCUUUUUGCAGCUUUUAGGGUAUUCAUCGGUUGGUGGACGAGCUUGUUUGUAUUCAGAAAGAAAGCAGUAGUUGGCUUCCAUCGCCGAGCAGGCCCAAGCCAAUAAAUAGCCUUAGCCCGACAACUACCCUCGUAUCCAAGCAUUUUUCAGAAAUAUCCCGAUGCCUUUUGAAAUGUUAAAAGCGCGAGACGUGUUGCCAUUCCAGCAGCAGAGAAUGGAGAUGUUGAAUUGGAACUGAUGAGCUAUGAAGACCAGAAAGGUCAUAGUCCACUAAGCCACAUUUCCACCUAGUUGGUACAGUUCAGUUUACCACGGUAUGGUUCUCCACAACAUUUUCUGAACGGCAAUUUUUACAGUGACACAAACCAAUCACAGACAGCAUUGUCUCGCACUCCACCCUACACAAACAAACAAACCGGAUUGUACUACAGCUAUGGUACUGCAACUGAAAAUUGGAAUGGUAGUAGUCGGGUGUGAGACCGAACCAUACCAGUAAGAUGCUGAGUAAUUCAUUUUAACUAUGAAAAGGCAAAUACAACAGUAGGUAACGUUUACACCUUCCACUGCGGCAGGCACCUCAACAGUGAGGGACAAGCGGGACGGAACAGAUCAGAUAUUUUGGAAAUGCCAUACCAAAACAGAAUUGAACAGAAUCGUGCUCUGUGGAAACUGAGCUUAUUACCUCGACUUGUUUGAGCUUUGACAUGUUAAAUAGGGAUGGGCAUUUCCCAAAACGUCCUUGACUGACUAUUGGUGAAAUCCAUCAUUAUUUGUCUUUUUAAAGGGAUGGGAGAAUUUCUCUGAAUGUGUGAACUCCUGUUUUGAUGCCAGUAUGGGACUGAGUAGAAUAGUUGCCGUAGCAGAGAUUUGUGUGGAUGAGGCUCAAUUUCCCAUAGCUGAGCCAAUGUUAUUCUUUAGACUAGUGUUUUCCAACCUUUAUUGAGCAGAGGUACAUAUUGUACAUGAUAAAACUUUUGUGGCACACCACUAAACAAAAAUGUUACAAAGGUAUAUUCUUAAAACAGGUUCAUUGUACCUUCUAGCAUUUAUUUGUCCUGCCUGUCAUUACGUUGCUGGCAUAGCUGAACAAAGAUACAAUAUUUAUAGUAAACAACUCAUCAUUGGCUGGGAAUCACUGAUCUAGACCACAAAUCAGUUGAUGGAAUUAACAACCAAUCAAAUGAUUCUUAGUGAAUAAUAGUAAUUUAUUAUGCCCAUCCCUAAUAUUAAUAUACAGCACGGUGAAGUCCCGUAUUUUUGCUUUUACCCACUCACUUAUUCACUGUUAGUGUGCUUAGUCCAAGUCCUGUCUCAUAUACAGUACAGUUAUUGUUUUGGCAUUAUCUUGGGGCAUCUUCAUGCCAAGGAGCUAUGUUGACGUGAGUCGAGGAGCUUCAUGUAGUGCUUUGCCACCCACCAUCUUGUGGCAUCUAUAGGCAAUUAAAAGUAUAACCCUUUUAAGGGGGACGUCAAUUACUCAUGGAUUUGGAUAAAUGUGUUACAAGUUUACCGAUGCCCGGGCUGCAGACAUCCUAUUAUUUUUAUUUACAUUUCACAUAUUAAUUUAAAUGCACAUAUUCACCUUAGUUGGGCUGCUUUGGGUGUCCCUUAACCAGGACAGACCAAGUGGCUUACAUAAGCUAAUUGAAACAUUUCACGAUAGCAGCUCUUUGUAAAAAUUUGUGUUUGGCAUUGCAGCACACUAGCAGGCAGGUUUCAACUGAAGCUAGAACGUCUAAAUAUCAAUUAGGUCCAAACCAUUACCGUUGGAUAGUCACAUAUGCUACAACCCAUUUUCCUCACUCCAGGUAGCAAUGAAUGUAUUUAUAGCUUCUGUGUGGUUUGUAAUAAUGUCGUUUAGCCACCUUUUUACAUUGCUUUUUUUUUUUUUUUUUUUUUUUAUUCUUACGUACGGCCUAUUUUUUGUACUAUUACUUUGGGGAUUUUUCUCUUACUUAUAGGUGUCAUUGUUGCUUAGCAGUAAUAUUCAUCUAUGGUUCUUUGACUAGAUUUCCCCCUUACAGAACUACACCUUUUCACAUUGAUGUUUCAGUGAUCUCCCGCAACUCACAAAUGGAUUUUUAUUUUGUAUUUUUUUUUUUUUUUUGUACAAGCAGUUUGUGUAUGUUGGAUGGUUGUUUUGGUGUGAAUCUGAUUAGCUCUUUUUAGACGUUUGACCUCGUGUUAGUUAGCCUGCACUCUUGAUACUCCUGCCCAGUCAACUUCUUAAGAGCUUUCGCCGACUUCUAUUUACUCCCAUGCCUGAAACACAGAGGAUUGUUUUCGUUCAGGAGUCGCUCUCUUAUUGUUGUUAUUAUUAUUAUUAUUAUUAUUAUUAUUACAUUUGGUGAUUAUAUAACACCACGGCUUUAUUUCCUGUCUGAUUCAAACAGCACAACUUCUCAGAAACUUUCCGGAAGCAUCAUUUUAGCCCACCUAGUUGUCCAAAGCCACAUGGUCCUGCUCUGUUCUUCGCGUGGAUAAGUUGGUCAGCUAUAAUGUUUGAAGCAAUGAGCACAAAUGAAAAAAGUUGCACUCGGGAAAGAACUUGCCCAAUAAGUGCAAGACUUGUAUUUUUUUUAAUUUGUAUUUUUAAACCAUUUUAACAAC